AUCACCCUGUUUCUACCAUAUUCUUCUCCAGCCUAUGUGGGAUGCUACAAAGAUCUGGAGAAUCACCGUGUUUUUCCUCACGAGAAACCGUCUUCCACUGAUAUGAACGUUGAGAUGUGUAUUAAGGAAUGCUCUGGAAAUCGAUAUGCUGGCGUUGAGAAUGGUGACGAGUGUUGGUGCGGGGCAUCAGUGGGCGAUGACACGAAGGUGGCGGAGGACCACUGCAGGAUGCAAUGUUCGGGCGACCAUGGUCAGAUAUGCGGCGAUGCCUGGUAUAUAUCGGUGUAUACAACAGCUUCAGAUUUCUCCAAUGUUGUAACCAAAGGCUACAUAUCUUCUGCCAGUGGUCUUCACAUGGUAUCGGGUCUGGCUGCAAGCAGGGCACAUCCUGGCUACCUCUAUGUCAUCAAUGACAAUGCCGGGGCAGACAAGAUCUACAUGGUUCAUGAUGACACAGCUAAAGUAAUACUUAUUAGAGAUUCUAUAUUCAGUGACGUGGAAACAUACAAGUCAAAGAUGGAGAAUUCAGGCUGUAGAAGAAGAAGAAGAAGAAGAAGAAGAAGACAGACUAUAGAAGAAGAAGAGGACAGUGGAAGAAGACAGGCUAUGGGAGAAAAGGACUGA